AUUGUAUAAUUAUUAAUGGCGAUGUUAACAUUGAAUUAUUCCGUCUUUGAAAUAGCUUGGAUUUAAGUGGGAGUUUGCCAGUCAAAGAGCCUCUAUGUUGCGUGGAAUUGGUAUCUCGCAAAGUUUAACUGAACGGGAGUUGAAUUGUUAUUUUCAGUUGUACCGAAGAAAAGCGAAUUUAUUUGUAAUUUGAAGUGGAGCAAUUCAUUGUAAUAUCUUGCAAUAUCCAAAAUGGCUAGUGACAAACGUGUUGUGCAGAUAUUUCGACGUGCUGUUAACAAAGCAAAGAAUGUCAACCGUCUUGUUAGACAAGGGUAAUGAGACCUAAUGAACUUAUCGCUGUUUUCUUUUAUAACUACUGCGGUCGUAGAUAUGUUUAGAUUAAAUGUAUUCUACAUUCAUCGCUCCUCGUUGCAAUGCCUUAAAGCUUUUCAUCAUUAAACUAUUUAUGUUUAAUAAUGCUGCUGUCUAAAGUAUCUUGAAAAACUUAAUAAUGCUCUUGCUCAUUCGAGUAACAGAUGCUGGUGAAAUGAUGUGAGAUCAUCUUUGGAAAGCUUUUAAACAAACUCCAUUUUCUAUUUUCGGCUACCUAUUGAAUUUGUGGCAAAAUGUUACCACAGUUUUUUGCAAACAACUAAUCGUUUACUCCUUUUUGUCGUGGUUAGUUUACUGCAUUUGUUAAAACGUUUCACGUUCGUUUACAACUUUUUGCGCAAUUAUAACGUAUGUUCCAUGCUAAAAUACAUAAAUUAUGAUGGGUGUUUUAGCAUAUGUUGAGAGUGUUUGCAAUUCUUAUUAGUUAAGUGCGUCUAAAGUACACCUUCAAAGAGAAAUUCUUCUAGCUUUGAAACAGGAAUGUCUAAUAUCGAUGAAUUUUAAAAGAAACAUUAUAUCUUACAUUUGUAAUUUAUUUUCUAAAAUUAAUUAUUCAUUUUGCAAGUCUAGACAAAGUCUACGACAACUAUCUGCGCGAGAUUGAGUUCAUUCUGUCGAGAAACGAUCUUAAACAUACCCUUAGGUCAAAGUGAAAUAUUACAAUAUUGUUGAAAGCUUCCGCACUUUUACAAUUAUUAUUGUAAAAUUAAUGUUUUUAAAAUAAUUGUCGAAAUUUACAAUAUACUUCGCUUGAAAACCGCUGGACAGAUCGACAACACAUUUGUCCUUUGUCGAUGUUUACAACGUCGGUUGAACAACGUCAAAUUACGUUGUUUCCUUUUUGUUCUAUAUCAUUUUGGUCGUUUCGUUGAUAAUUGUCGAGUUUUUUUACGAAAUGGUGAAUAAGCUAGCCAUGAAAUGUCUCUGGUAACGAUUGAAAGGAGCAGCUCUUCUGAUAACUUAAGUGACAUCAGCUGUGAAAGAGUCGAGUCGGAGGAAGAAAAAGUAGACGGAGAUUUGUCUGAGGAUGUUUUUGCCCGUCCUAGAACGGCAUCAAAUGUUGAAGGCUUCUUUGCGUCAAAAGGGGCUGCCUAUGCUAUACCAGAUGGAGAUUUUGCCAGGAAGGCAACUUUGAAAGGAGGUGAACUUCAAGCUCAUUUACAGGAGAUGGCAAACUUGUUACGAGAUGAAGACACAAUGAGGCUGGUUGUAAAAAUAGAAAGUGAGCCUCAAUACACGCGAUAUUUGUGUGUUGUUACAACUUGUGGACUUUCUGAUGAGCAGGAGAGUGUAAUCUUGGGGUUUGAUUGGAUAGAAGAUGAAGUAACAUUGGGCCUUGUUAUACCAUUAUGGAACAAUGUUUCAACAAAAUUGGAUGGUGAUGGUGGUUUUGAAGUGAAAACGGAGUAUCGCCAUUAUGUUUUCAAACCCGUAUCCGUUCAAACAUUGUGGACUGCCUUAUUGUGGGUUCACAAGUGCCUAAACGUUGCCCAUAGAGCAAAACAUUUUGAUGGCGGAUUGUCUCAUGCCUGGCUCGAUUAUUAUCAAAGUAAAAUUUCUUCUCCUAGAGAAUGCAUCUUUUAUUGGGAGUCUGUUGAUGAAUUAGAAAAUAAAAGAGAAGUUUCUUUUUCACAUUUUGACGAAGUUAAAACAGACGAAGAGCUUUUGAAAGGAUCCAUUAGGAACAAGCUAAAGGAGGUCCUAACUCGGUUUGAUCUUGAGGAAGUCACAUGUCGACAGAUAAGAGAGGCGUUGGAAACUGAAAUGAAAAUGAGUUUACAGCAUCUUAAGGAAUACAUCGAUGAGCAGUUAUUUGUCAUCCUUGGACAAAUGGAAUCUUCCACGAAAAUCACCGAAUAUUUGUAUCUUGGAUCAGAAUGGAAUGCGUGCAACUUGCAAGAGCUCAAAGACAACGAUGUUCACUACAUUCUCAACAUUACCAAAGAAGUGGAUAAUUUUUUUCCCGGUACAUUCGAGUACAUGAACAUCAGGAUAUAUGAUGUGAAAGAGGCGGACCUCUUACGUCAUUGGGGAAAGACGUACCGUUUCAUACACAAAGCUAAAGAACGCGGAGCAUCAACUUUGGUACAUUGUCGGAGAGGAAUAAGUCGUUCGGCAUCUACGGUAAUUGCUUAUCUAAUGAAAGAGAACGCCAUGUCGCUGGCUGACGCCAUGAAAUUUGUAAAAUCAAAACGAAAUAUUGUUCAGCCAAAUUCAGGAUUUUGGAAACAGCUGAUCAUCUAUGAAGGAAUCUUAAAGUCCAGCCGUCAUCGACACAACAGUAUAUUCCGAAAGCGCUCAAACUCUGAUGCUAGUAAGUUUCGACGACCCCAUUCUAAAGCGAAGCUCAAAAAAGACAUUGAUGACGUGGACAACACCCCUGAACAUGCGCAUACCUUACCAAAGAUGCGGAACCAAAACAUGACCGUGGAGAGCGUGCAAUGUACGGAAGAAAACUCUGCCGAGACGGAAACUGUCGACUCAGUCAGUAGCAGUGAAGACAUUUCUAGUAAUUCUGAUGAAGAUCUCUCUUGUAUAGAAAGACUAAAGAUUCGAAGAACGGUAUCCGAACCUGUCAUGGCACAUCCUGAUGAAGCCAUGACGAUAUCACCUACGCGAAAAUCACGUGCAAAAACAUUUGUCGAGCAAGAGGCAGCCGAUAUGUCAUCAUCAACAAGUCAAAUUUUCGAAGAUCUUGAAUAUGAUAAACCGCUUGAGAUGUCAUUUGCAACUAAAGUAUAUGAUGUUGUUGAAAAUGACGUUUCUUCAAAUAUUAAUUCAGAAGAGAUGAAAGAUUUGUCAAAAGUAGACACGUCUCAUGAUAGUACAUUGACGAUCGACGAUGCAAGUAAUGUUUGUCACUUACCUCAGGUAGCGGAGCCUUUGCAAAAAGUUUCAAACCCUUGUUUUUCAACACAGGAUUCAAAUGAAACCUGUGAAUCGUCCCAAAGUACCUGCCAACAUCCCUCACGAAGUAUCACGGAGAAACUUAAGGACAAAGGCGUUGGCUCAUCGGCUAGUUCUGAUAAAGCAAUAGAUUUGAAAGUAUCGAAAACACGUGGCCGAGUGAAGCGAAGAGAACGUAGAUCCAAAUCUGAUCUACAACUUUGUGACAGUGGGUUUGUAAAACGGCACACGCAGAUUAUUGAAGAACAAAUGUUGUAUAGCUUGCUUAAGAAUUCUGAUAAAACCCUUGCUACACUUGCUAAUGAUUUCUGGGAAACUACUUUGAACGGCAAAAAAACCUUUGAGGAAAGUCAACAUUGGUCGAAUCACCUUAAAGCACAAGGAAAUGAACGAAACCCAUUUUCUCAGAAUAUUUCACAGACGCAGUUAGAGGGGAAAAUCUCAGACAAACGUCACGAAAUUUCAUAUGAUGAUUCGGGGAAUUUACCUGAAGCAACGGAGCACAGUGUUACCAUUGUGAAAACUGUUAUGGACAACGAGAAAACGUCAGUGCAGAGUGAUAGUGAUAUGGGGCAUUUUCUAUGGACAACGAGAAAACUUCAGUGCAGAUGGAUAGUGACAGGGGAGCAAUUUCUAUGGACAACGAGAAAACUUCAGUGCAGACUGAUAGUUACAUGGGAGCAAUUUCUAUGGACAACGAGAAAACUUCAGUGCAGACGGAUAGUGACAUGGGAGCAAUUUCUAUGGACAACGAGAAAACUUUAGUGCAGACGGAUAGUGACAUGGGAGCAAUUUCUAUGGACAACGAGAAAACUUCAGAGCAGACUGAUAGUUACAUGGGAGCAAUUUCUAUGGACAACGAGAAAACUUCAGUGCAGACUGAUAGUUACAUGGGAGCAAUUUCUAUGGACAACGAGAAAACUUCAGUGCAGACGGAUAGUGACAUGGGAGCAAUUUCUAUGGACAACGAGAAAACUUCAGUGCAGACGGAUAGUGACAUGGGAGCAAUUUCUAUGGACAACGAGAAAACUUCAGUGCUGACUUAUAGUGACAGGGGAGCAAUUUCUAUGGACAACGAGAAAACUUCAGUGCAGACUUAUAGUGACAUGGGAGCAAUUUCUAUGGACAACGAGAAAACUUCAUUGCCGACUGAUAGUGAUAUGGGAGCAAUUUCUAUGGACAACAAUCAGAAAAACAGCGAGUUUUCAUGUACGAAACGGUCUCAAGAACUUGAAAACAUUGUUCUGGAGGUGAACGCAGAAGCCAGGCGUGGUAAAGCGAAGAACGUCGAAUCAAACCGAACUAUUGUGACGUCAGGCAAUAACAAGCGUUGUUUAAGUGGGAAUGAUGAUGUUGCUAUAAACGAGAUGACGAUGAUAGAUGUUACAGAAGAUCACGGAGACAUUAUAAUGCCAUUAUGUACUACAUUGGAAAUACAACAGUCUCUUGCAGACACUGAGAAUAUGUCUUUAUCAUGUGAACUAACACACGAGAAUCAUGCUGAUAGUAAUGUUGAUGAAGAUGUACCAAAUUUGAACUUAAACGAUUUAGAUAAAGAUAACGAACUUGAGAGGAGGUCAUAUAGUAUUAUAGUAGAUGACUAUACAUCAUGGGAAGUGGCCAGUGUGAGGGAGAGAACAAAAAUGUUGGAGAAUAUUAUUGAGAAGACUGGAGGAUCGUUUCCCUCACCAAGAUCAAAAUUAGCAAAGUAAAAUAGCAUUCACGAAUACGUUUUUCCUUGGAUGUUUAAAGUUAACGUGUUCAGAACGAACUUUACUCGUCUUGUAAAAUUUCGUUGUCGUUGGAAAUGACUUCGUAAAUGACCGUUGACGAAAACCUGUCAGGCAAUUCACUUCUUGCGUAAGUGAACAAAUUUUAAGGUUUGGAAAGGAAAAGGAUCUGGGCUUGAUUUGCAUUUGUUAUAAUAACUCUUAAAAAGAUGUUGGACAUCAUAAAAUAGGGAACUCAACUCAACGUUCUGAAAUGUUUAUCGAGUAUUUGAAUGUGUUUAUUUUUUUGCUAUGCGACACCAAAGCUGUCGAAACGUCUUUGAAAUUCCUUUUGAUAUUUUUAUGUGUUCGUAUUUUUUCAUUGAAAACAUAUCAUCUGCGUAUCUAAGCACGAUGAUUAGAUAAUUAGGUUGUAAAUAUUGUAAUUCACGUUAAACUUUGCUAAAAAUUUACACUUUCUAA